CUCCAGGACUCCACUAGGCUCAUGAUUCCUCCAGACAGAGAGAAGCCACGACAUUACCCAGCAUUCCUGCAUACGACUCGGUCAGCAUCCUCACCGCCGGCCCGGCGAAUGACACGGACAGCAUCCAAACAUCCCAUCACACAUACGACACCAACAGCAACCGCACCCUGAACCCAGCGCUCGACACGGACACGGGUCCCGCUGGAGGCACCGGCCCGACCAGCAGCGUCCCACACAACCCUCCUCCAUACAGUCCUCCGGAUCCUAAAACAGUCUGCCUCAUGUACCCCCCACCGCUGCCACAUUACCCCAACCAGCCCGUCAUCGCCUGUCAGCCUGGAGCCAACCCUGCUUUCUACCAGCCCUCCUUCCUCCCGCCCUCCACCUACCCGUCCUACACUAUCUACGUGAACGGGCUGCCGCUGAGAGAUGAGCAGCCGCCGUUACCUAAAGAUUAUCUGGUGGAGUCUCUGCUGGUGACCAUCUUCUGCUGCCUCAUGAGUGGCCUCGUCGCGGUCAUGUACUCGUAUGAAACCCGCGCGGCGCUGACCAGGGGUGACAUCCGUGAAGCGGAGAAAACGUCCCAUAAGGCUCGUCUGCUUGUCAUGUUCAGUUUGAUGUUCGGCGUAUUUGUUUUUGUGGGCUGGAUUAUUUAUGUAGUGAUAGUGCUCUGUGUAUAGAAACUUUCUUCUGCAUUUAUUUGAUUAAAAAUACAGUAAAACAGGUAAAUUUUAUUAGAGUUUAAAAUAACU